GUGACGCUCCAUUGUGUUUGGCUUCACUUUCGUGUUGCUGGGGAACAAGCUCCAUAGCAACCAACGCCACCAUCUGAUUUUAUGUUUGUUUAUUUUAACAAAAUGACGCGAAUCCUCAGAAAACCGCGACCAGGACUCGGUAACCGGAAGUAAACAUGCCUACAACCAAACUGAUCAAACCCAAACCGGUGGAGGCCAAAAAGAAAAGUCCAGACGGAGGCAGACCGGGGAGGAGCGGGACGGAGGAUCAGCUCCAAGUGGCCGCGGUGCGUAAAAGCCGCGCGUCGAGCUGCCCGAGGAGCCAGAAACCCAAGCCCACCGGAGACACCACUAACACCGGACUACAGAGAUCCAGCUGCACUACCAGGACCAGGUCCAGCUCCACCGCCCCCAGAGGGACCCAGAGGAGCCCCAGGAACAACCCGGACUGCCGCAGAGCCUCCAGCGCCGUGAGACAAGCCGCCGUCAACCCCAAACACCGAGAGCUGGCGCCGGUCCAGAGAGAGCAGAGAGGGGGCGGAGGGGAGGCCAGGAGCCAGGGUCAGAGUCACAAAGCUUUCACCGUCAUCCCCCCGAACCCCAAGAGAAGAAGAGAAAUCCAGAGAAAGGCGGAGGCGGAGCUUGCAGCUCUUGAGGAGCUCCGGCUGAGCAGAGCGAUGUCUUACGUAUCCAUAAACCCCAGCAGCGUCGGCGGCUGCAUGAGUCUGGAGGAAGUACGACUGAAGCAGCAGCAGGAAAUGAUGCAGGCAAAGAGGAAACUGAAACCAGCUGGACAACUAGAGGUGAAGCAGCAGAUGAUGGAGGAAACAUCUGUCCUGACCAGCUGAUCUCAAACACCCAGAACUAGAUGCAAACAUCAGCUUUACUCAGACGAGUCCAGAAAAAGAUCUUCCACAUCCAUUUAUAUAUCGUGUGUUUUUUAUGGUUGUUUAGCUCGGUAUGUGUUUUGUUUGUAAAUUUGUGGUAAAAGACAGAAAUCAGAAACCCUUUGCUGUGUAACGCCUUAUUUAAGAGGUAACCACAUUUCACAUGGAGCUUUACAUAACAAUAAACUUCUUCUUUUAAAUCUAUAAUACAACUUCCAUUGAGACAGUUUGGGCUUGGAUUCAAGGAGUUUUUCUCUGAGAUUUCUCCUCUACUUCAGUAAAAAUGGAGCUAAAUGGAGUUCUAGUCGUGCAAAUCAAACUAACACAGGCAGGAGAAUGAGUAUUAAAGACAGUGAAGGUGUAAAAGUUCUGCUAAAUGCACUGUUAGAAUGUAAACUCGAUGCAGCUUCUGGAAACAGCCAAAGUUUCUGGUCUAAAACGUUUGAGUGCUAAAAUUCAUGAUGUAAUUCUCGUCUUUAUUCAAGUGUUUUGGGAAAAUGAAGCCAUAAUUAACUUGUAAAUGUGAUUUAUUCUACUUGUUGUGAGUUCAUGAAGAUUCAGUCAUCCUUCAAAGAAGUUAAAAAUAAUCCAGGAUUAAUACUUUACACUGAGUAUUCAUUUAGAGUCUGAUGUUUAUACUUUUGUUUUCUGUGUCCUGUUUUAUGUUUUGGGGUGAAAUAACAGAGCAGUCAGAGUUAAAAGUCAGUAAAAAGAAAUACAACAAAGAAAUUAAAACAUAUAUUUUUAAUAUAAAUAAUUUAAGUAUCAUUUGUAUUUCUGCAUCUUUGGCCUUUAAAAUGCUGCAAAAGUUCCACCACAGGUUUGAAUGUUGAUGUAAUAAUUCCUGAUGUGUUCAGGGUUAACGUGUAAAUACUUUUACCGUGAUUUUACUACAUAUUGUCCAUACUUUACACAAUCUGUGAAAUAGCUAAUUAUUACUCAAGUAUAUGUAUAGUGUCCUGUGUGAAUUAUGAGGGUGUUGCUCUAUAAAAUUCUCCAUAAACAAACA